AUGGAUGGCCAGUCUUCUCCAGAGAAGCCUCAACAGCCUCAGGAGAAACAAUCUGGAACGUCAGAACCGGAUACCUUGAAUAAUGUUGGAUCCUCACCCUUAUCAUCUACCAGUCAACAAGUCACAAGCGACCAACAACAGACCUCACAUGUCUCGGGAGACUCUACAUCCUCUCCUCGCCCCCGAAGAUUCCUAGCACAACCGAUCGAAACCUCAUCGCGCAGUUCUAAAACUCGACCGACCCCCACCAGAACCACAGGAGACCGCGAAGAUGCCCCUCAUACCUCCACAGAGACGGCGCGGUCGGAUGAGAACAAACCCCGUCGACGCUUUUUGCCACAACCGAUUGAAACAACAACAAAGUCAAGCAAUGAGAGAACUUCGUCAAGAUCACAAACAUCGGAGCAGAACAAUCCGUCCGGCCCAAGACGGUUCAAACCCGACUUGAUUGAAACAGACCGUCGCUCAGUCAGAGGAGAGUCAGAAGAGCUUCCCUAUGUGUCGAAAUCACCAGGGUUGAGGCAGGAGGCCUGGAGAAAUAUGUCGCGACUCAGCCCCAAUCGUCCUGCCUACGCAGAGCUACCCGAGUCCAAGUUCUCAUACGCAAGUCUCCUUCGCCGCCAAGAAGGACGAAGGCAUUCAUUUCGAGUUCCGGAACUGCCGUCAAUUGAGUCCAGUGGCAGUGAGGAGGACUCUGAUGAACCGUCCCACUCACCAUCUUUAUCGUCCUCCCACAAAUCCAGAUCGUCACAGAAGUCCACCGGCAACCCCAAGCCUGAAGAGCUACGCCGGGAGAGUUGCGAUGGCGAGUAUUCAGAAUUUCUACUCUCUCUAGCUGCGCGCUCAGCACAGAAACAACUCAGAGAUCAGGCGCUAGCCGCCUUUCCCAAUGAACAAGAUUAUGAGCCCGUGGAUCAUUUCGAUUUUGCCAUUGACGACGAAGACAGUCAGUCGGAAGAUGAUCUCAAGUAUCCUCAGAAACACCAUCUUAAAUCCCGACGACAGUCAUCGGCCGAUCUAUCCUGGGAACUCGAGUACAUGCGCCAUCACAAGGAAGAGGCGGAAAUGCGCUUGCGAGCGAUGGUCAACUCGAAGAAUCGAAACCGGACCUCUGCUGGGUAUCAACCGACUCCAAGAGCAGAUGGUAAAAUAAGUCCACCGAUGCUUGGAGAGGACAUCGUCUUGCCGCAGAGUUCGUCUCCAGACGGGACGAUGUGCGAGAAUUCAACAGCCGAGAAUGGCUCAUCACAAGAUCCCUGUCAUGGCUGCGGCGGUCUCUGGUGUGCCGACAGUCGACCAGAUGGCGGACGAGGCGCCGGCCUCUGGAUGGGCACCUGUCGUAAAGGCCAAAGCGGAGAUGACCACUUACACCCGUUCUCCGGCAUCAUGACCCCAAUGCCAACAGACCUAGACAGACUAUCGCGCUCUUCCACCAGCACAAACCUCCACGGCAUGGCAGGAUCUUCCCCACGACCUGACAUUCUCACCAUUACAGCUAAAUCCAUGGAAGACGAAUUCCACGACGGCUUCGUCACCCAAAUCUACAACUAUCUGUCCCUUGGCUACCCCUGCAUCGCCCGCUACUACGACUACGAACUAAGUAAAAUCUCAGGAAUUGCAGUCCAAGACCUCCGACGCGAUGACCUACAUACAGACGCUAGAGGAUACGUCGUUGCAAUGGAAAGUGAUCCUAACACGGCGUGUACUAGAUGGCGAGCUCUCCGUCGGUAUAUUCGCGAAUGGGCCCGUCAACAACCAAGCAUAGCAGAAGAAGAUACAGGACUUGAGGGUUGGGGAAUGCCGGAGAGGAGAGGAAGUUGGGCAAUUUGA